CAGGGAGACAGGGAGCUGUAGAUUGAGUGGAAGUCGGUGGAGUCUCAUACUAUAUGACAGACUUCACAGCCUAUGUGGGGAGCGCUGCUGGACGCCGGGUUUUUGUGUUUUUGUGUUUUAUCUGCCUGCUCAUACCGGCAUUUAUAUUGACGGAAAACAUUUGACGUGCAUCCACAGGUUGGGCGGUUUAAUCCAGUCAACAUGGAUUACACCUCUCGGGUCGAUUGACACUGAGGGGGUCGAAAUGGGCACCGUCGAGAGAUCUUUGCUGAUUGAGAGAGAAACAAACUGAGCAUAUCAAGUGAGUGGACGCGGAGGCAAACAUCUGUGAGGGGAGAGAGCGACGCACAAUUCCGAGAGACGAGCGAGGACCUGUGGAGGGACCUAUAUGAAAGGAGGCAACGCGAGGAGAUGAUAGGAUGGCCGUGACAACAUGAAAAAGAAAAAGUGUGGUGGUCUGUUUUCAUCCAAGCAGUGAUACAACACAACUAACCUGGGGGACAGGGACUGAGAGAGAAGAGGUAGGAGAAAGGUGCCUGGCCACAGCUGUGACCAUGGAGCCUCCCCCCUCUCUGAGCCUGGCUCUGCUAGGAGGGAGCGAGGAUGAGGACCAGCGCUUCCUUCUACCCCUGGGCAGCAUCACCCAUCCCUCCACCACUGGCAACCAACCAGGAUCAAACCACUCAAACCACAUGGGAGGAUCAAGCCUCGACCGUCUAAAUGGCAGCACCCCAUCCCCGUCCCCCGCCACACCCAGCUUACCUCCAACGUCGCUCCCUAAGUUGCCCCUGUCAUCCUCUGGAGCCCAACCCCUGCCACCGCCCAUCCCCAACGCCCUGCACCCCACCAGCACGCCGCUCUCCUCCUGCCUAGGCUCGCAGCACAGCCUGAGCGGGGACAACUCGCCAGUCUACAAUGCCCUCUUUUACUCCUCCCACUCACCCUCCAUGGAGCGGGAGAGGGACAGAGAGCGUGACCGGGACAGGGAGCGAGAGCGAGGGUGCAAACAUAGACAGGCCAGCCCUCUGGUCCACCGCAGGGACAGUAACCCCUUCACGGAGAUCGCUAUGAGCUCCUGUAAGUACACAGGUGGGGUCAUGAAGCCACUGAGCCGCCUUAGCGCCUCUCGCAGAAACCUCAUUGAAUCAGACAGCAGCAGCGAAACCAAAGAGGCUGGCGUUUCAGCUGUUGCCGGGGCAACAGUUGUUGGUGGGCACGACCGACAGCGAGAAGCCCCUCCUACCUCCUUGUCGGCUCAGGCCUCUACCAAUCAACCCCCGAUUCAGAGCCCGCCAGAGAUUGUGAUAUCCUCCAAAGAAGACUCGCCAUACCCUAGAGGAAGGUAUGACAUCACAGACUCCACGUCCAAUCAGAUGACCAUCUACCACCAGAACCACGCGCUGGUGGAGAGCAGGCGGGCGCAGACGGGACGGAGCAGCAGGCAGGGGGGGGUCGGGGCCGUUGGACCUGGGGUCAGAGGCAGCACCUCCAAGGCCCCAAAACGGAAGAACCAAAAUAUUGGGUAUAAACUGGGUCAUCGCAGGGCGCUGUUCGAGAAGAGGAAGAGGCUGAGCGACUACGCCCUCAUCUUUGGGAUGUUUGGCAUUGUCGUCAUGGUGAUUGAGACAGAGUUGUCGUGGGGCGUGUACACAAAGAGCUCCAUGUAUUCUCUGGCCCUGAAGUGUCUGAUCAGUCUGUCCACAGUCAUCCUGCUGGGGCUCAUCAUCGCCUACCAUGCACGGGAAGUUCAGCUGUUCGUCAUCGACAACGGAGCAGACGACUGGCGCAUCGCCAUGACCAUGGAGAGGGUUCUGCUCAUCGCCCUGGAGCUGCUGGUGUCUGCCGUGCAUCCGGUGCCCGGGGACUUUAAGUUUCAGUGGCGAGCAAGGCUCGCCUUCUCUUACGCACCGUCGCAGGCUGAGGCCGACCUGGACAUGGUGCUGAGCGUGCCGAUGUUCCUGCGCCUCUACCUCAUCGCCAGAGUCAUGCUCCUGCACAGCAAACUGUUCACCGACGCCUCCUCCAGGAGUAUAGGCGCCCUAAAUAAGGUUCAUUUUAACACACGAUUUGUAAUGAAAACCCUCAUGACUAUCUGCCCCGGGACGGUGCUGCUGGUCUUCAGCAUCUCUCUGUGGAUCAUCGCUGCCUGGACCGUACGAGUGUGUGAGAGGUAUCACGAUGCUCAGGAUGUGACCAGUAACUUCCUGGGAGCCAUGUGGCUUAUCUCCAUCACCUUCUUGUCCAUCGGCUAUGGAGACAUGGUCCCUCACACCUACUGUGGUAAAGGAGUGUGUCUGCUCACAGGAAUCAUGGGUGCAGGCUGUACGGCUCUGGUGGUUGCCGUGGUAGCCAGGAAGCUGGAGCUGACCAAGGCCGAGAAACACGUACACAACUUCAUGAUGGACACGCAGCUCACAAAGCGGAUAAAGAACGCAGCGGCUAAUGUGCUGAGGGAAACCUGGCUCAUCUACAAGCACACCAAGCUGAUGAAGAAGAUCGACCACUCCAGAGUCCGCAAACACCAGAGGAAGUUCCUCCAGGCGAUACAUCAAUUACGCAGUGUCAAAAUGGAGCAGAGGAAACUCAGCGAUCAGGCCAACACACUAGUGGAUCUCUCGAAGAUGCAGAGUGUCAUGUACGAGCUAAUGUCUGAGCUCAAUGAUCGCAGCGAGGACUUGGAGCGCCAGAUGCUGUCCCUGGAGCAGCGUGUGGAGCAGCUCACCGCUGGUUUCAACUCCCUGCCUGCACACCUCUCAGCCACCCUCAGUGCCCAGCAUGCCGCUUUGGUGCACCUGCUCCAGGAGAGGGACGCAAGGGACGGUAGAGGUGGCAUUGGUGGAGGAGGAGUCGGUGCUGUGGUGCCUCUGUCCCCUGCUGCUUCUCUAACGAGUCCUCCACCUCCAGUUUCUCCAGUUUCUCCAGUCCAGGUCACAUCUCCGGUAACUCCCCCCUCCCAGGUCACCACUCUAGCCUUGGAGUCUCCUCUGUCACCUCCACCUGUGAGCCCAGAGGGGAGCCUGGAGGCUAGCCCCAACAUUAACACCACCUGCACUUCUAGCUGCUGAAGACGAAAGGGAAAGAGGAAACAAGGAUGGAGGAGAAGAGGCCGGGUUAGUCCUCUUUCUUCAGACUAAAGGAGAGAGGAAAAAAGGAAAGAGGUAAUCCUCUGAAGCUGCAGCAACGAAAACUGGAUUAUGAAGUGGACUAAUAGGACAAAGAUGGAGGGCCCGCGUGACUGAUGAGACACAUUAGGGACUUUUGGGCGCUUUCCUUAACGAGGGAAGAUGAUAAAACGGAGACUCUAAAAGGUGUGAGGGAGAGGAAGGAUGUCAAGUGGGUGAGAAAUGGAGGAAGAAAGGACAAGGAGAGGGAAGUAGAGAGGGAGGAGAACUAACUAGGAAUAAUUAUAUGAACUCAGAGCUCCAAUUACUGAAAAAAGGCCUUUUAUUCUCUCUCUCUCUAUCUCUCUCUUUCCUUCCCCAAUCUCUCUUUCCCUUCAUCAGGAAUUAAUGACCAUGACUUUUUAUCCUUAUGAUGUAUUUUCUAUCUGAAUGCUAAUUGUGUGUUAACGAGCAUCCCUUUAACAGAAGGUCCAAUCAAUACGACCAUAAUAUAGGAAAAAAAAAAAAAACUAGUGGCAUGCAUCGCACACACAUAAACGCACACACACAUACAUUAUCCACGCAAUAGAAGUGAACACCACACAAACUUAAGCACUCACUCUAUCACAAUGCAGGCUCUAUUUAAACCCACACAGAGGAAUGAAUGCAGGAGCCCACAAGAUAAUACUAAAGCCUAUACUGCCAAGCACUCAAUGCACUGUCAAUCACCACACAGCACUGCCAAGUAAUGUGGACGCACUGUAGAGAAAUGUUCAUCCAAAUAACUUCUCCUUUGUGGCUGUGGGCUAAUGCAGUAGUUUUGACUUAGAUGGCAUAGUUGUGACAUUUGAACUACUCAGCCAGGAAAAUUGUAACCGUUCAGUGAACUAAACAAAUGACAGACCAAGAUGAGACAAGUCAGGACAACACGGAGGGGCAUGAGUCAUCGAAACAUCCAUUUGUGGUGUGGAAGAAUAUAAACAAAACUACAGCAUAAUUACUGCAUCCGUUGAGGUAGAGAUUAAAGUCCCUGUAAAGUGAUGAAUAAAACUUUAUUUUUGGUUUGUUGUAUGACAGGCCACUGUGUUAUGAAUCACCAGGCUAAAUUUCAGUCAUGCUAAACAUCUCUAAGUUUGUAGAAUUAAUAAGGCAUACAAGCAUAAGGCAAAUAAGGCAGUCAUAUUUGCUCUAGGAUGUUGUGGGCGUGUCCGUUGAAGCCGCACCCACUCAGGAGAAAUAUGAUCCUCUCAAAUUUAGAAAUGAAAUGGUACAACCUGACUGGAGGUCAGUCUGUCUGGUCAACUGGACCUGCCAGCUCUCAAUGACAGCCACCGGAGAAACAAACACAUUUAUGACAUGACGGGCUAAACCCAUCAUUUUCUGAGUUAUGUGAGGUGAUAUCUUCCUCCUGUUUAUUAAACUUCUUUGUUGUUAAGUUGUUGCUGAAAACACUUAAUUUCCUGAUGCUGCUCUGCAAAGUAGAAGUCUUUGAUGAUAAUUAGCACUAACUCUGCCUAACUCUGUGCCAGAGCAGAGAAACAGAAGUCGGGGAUUAAAUUAGCUGUUUUGUGGCACAAAUCUUUUCAUUUGACUUGUAGGCCACCAUGGCUGGUAGAUCUGGAAAAUUUACCUCACAGUGAGUAAAAACACAACAUUUUUCUGGCUGUUAAUUUUUAUUGAAGGUAGUGACAUCAGCUAACACCAGACUGUAUUCAGAUGAACUGCUUGGUGAUUUUAUAUUGUUGUAGCGCUAGGAGGCGGGGUAAUUCCCAGUAGUGACCGGUGAAGUCAUGGGCGGGCUAUAUUUGCCCUGCACAUAUUAAACCAAGCCAGGAAAAAGGCAAACUUUUUAACGGUUUAAAUCCACAAUUCAGUCACAGAUACAUCUCAGAGUUUUCCCAAGUUUACCACAACCUUAUUCCAACAUAUCUAGUUUGUUAAGACACAAAGUUUGGAUUUCACUUUACAGGGACUUUAAACUGAACUGAUGCAAAAGUGUAGCACAGGGUUUGAUAUACUGAAAUGAUGCUUUAAAAAGUUUGAUUUUAAAGUUUCUCUAAAAAUUGUUUAUGAAAACCUCAGAAAACUGAUUAAUUUAUUUGUAUCAAGUGCAUUUAUAUAGAGUUGGCUGCUGAAAGUACAUAUGAAGAUCUAUUAAAAUUUUGAUUUGAUUAAAUCGAGUUUAAGCAGGGAUGCACGAUAUUAUCGGCAUGAUAUCAUCAACAGCAGAUAAUAGCUUAAGUUAAAUAUCAGUACCAACGAAUUUAAAAUUCCUGCAGGUAUAUCUAUGGCUGUCUAUAUUGGCAGUAUUUAACAUAUAUCAGCCUUAAAUAUCAAUAAGAUGAACAAAUGUAUCAUCAGGCAUAGCUGGUUGCCUAGGGUGCUACAGACAAAGACGGUCCACCCUGAGCCCUAAGCAUUGGAAGAAUUCACAAAAGUAAAACAACUCCCAGACUGUCUACUUCUGUGCUACUCUAUCCACUCCAAUUGAUUUAGUCUCUCUUUGCACAGGAGACACUUAGUGUCCUUUCAAAUAAAAAAAAGUGCAUUAUCAGAGUCUGUAUUGACUAAAAUGAAUUUGGAAAUAUCAGCAUAUCAGAUAUCAGCAAAGAUUAAAUAUCCUGUGACCCUAAUUUAAAGCUGUAAAUAUUAAAGCUCCUGUGAGGAAUUUUUGAAGGAUAAACCCCAGAGUUUCAGCUGAUUUGCAGCAAGGAAAAACUCAAAAUUUUCAAGUUUAAAAAGUGGUAAAAUUACAAGAGAUUUUUUUUUAAAAUAAGGUAAUUUAUGUGAACCGAAAUUUAAAAUUUUAAAGAUUAGAAAGUUGGAGAUAGCUGAUUGCGUGGAAUAAAAUCCCCCCAGUUGAGGCCGUUUUUCUUGCACAAGCCCUGUAGUUAAGAGCCUCAUCAAAUGAUAGUAGGGAAGAACUUUAGAUUUUAGUCCAGAAUCAAUACAAUAUCAUUAUUAUCUGACAUAGAUGACAAAUUUCUGUAAAUUGGGCUUAUCCAACUGUUGUUUUCAGAUUGGUUUCUCAAACAAUUUUUACUUUAUAAUAUCUUACAUUUAUGACUUUAAAAUCUUGAAAUUUUCGAGUUUGUGACACCAAAUUUACAGUAUUUUCAGCGCAAAUUUCUAGUUAUUUCUCAGAAAUUUGCAUUUUUCAUAAAUCUUAUUUUUCAUUUUUUUCAAAAUAUCUUGAUCUCAAACUUUGAGUUUGGUUGCUUGUAAAUAAAAAAGACUUUGUAAUCUUAAAAAUGACAUUUUUGGUUAUGUUUCAGUAUUUUUUUUCAAAUAUUAACAGAGCUUCUUUAUAUUAAUCAAAUGUUUUUAAUCUAUUAGGGUGGCCCUUGUAUGCUGUGUGUAUUAUGUUUUUGAUCAUGAUUUUAAAAAAUUACUCAUAAGUCUAAUUUUGAAAAUGUCAGAGCAGACAGGGUCCCGUGCCCUCAAAGGUCUCUGGCGACCCCCUUGGGGUUCCAAAGGCCUCAGGUUGGGAACCACUGCUUUAGACUUACAAAAGCAUAUGAGACGAUGAGCGACAAGACUGUAAGAAAAUUCCUUAGUAAAUUUGACACCUGUAACUGCUGCCACCAUUGGUUAGGUGCAAGAAGAGGCUAAAGCAGGCCUUUUUUUUUUUUUUUACACUUUUUUAAGCAGAUAUUCACAGUGAGUAAUGCAUAAUGACUGUUAAAGAAAGCAUGAACAUUUUUAAUCAGGAAACACUAAUUACACAUGCAAAGGACAAGAACAGUAAGGACAGAAGAUAUACCACGUUGCCCACAGGGGGUGCCAAAAUGAUCACAAACCAAAAGUUUCUCACAGAAGCUUUAAAGAUAAAGAGCUCUAAUUUUUUUUGGUUUUAAUAUUUUGAGAUCUUAUGAGGUUGCAUCUACCUGUAUGUUUACUGAAGAUGGAGUAAGAAUCAAUACGUUAUCCAUCAAUAAUAAAUUAACUGUUUAUUCCUUUACUUUGUAGAGACUGAAGUCAGUGGAGUCAGGGUGGCUCGGAUGAUGUGGAAUGUAUAUUUAUUUUCCUCUUAUUUUCCGAUUUAAAAAAAAGAUUUACAUUUUUCAAUUAUUUAUUUAAUUGACUUUAGAAAGAUAUCCUAAAAUAUGAAUAAGUUAAUAUUUAUAUUUUUAUGCAUACAGUUGUAUACUCAAUCUUCUAUGAAAGGGAGGAAGAAGAAAAAAUACAUUACUGCCAUUCUUUUCGAGCUUGCAGUCCCAAAACAAGACACUGUUAUCAUGAAUGUAUUCUGUGUAGAGAAAUACACUCAAACACUCUCGCUUGCUCAAUCACUUAGACUGCCAUGCAGCCACAAGAACACACACGCACGCACACACAGAUACACGCACACACCUCGACAACCAAAGUGCUCUCUCUUAAAUGGACUUCAAUAAUAGGCAGGGAACGCUGCUGUCACUGGGGACAAAAGAUAGCAGGGGGCGUUGCAGAUAUCUUGACAAUAUUUCUGAGGGAAUAACUGUGAAAAAUCUGGGCAUGGACUUGUCACAGAGCUGUACAUGGACUGCUCUUCUCUGCUUUAAAACAGGUCACGGCGGACGACGGAUGAACACAAAUAAACCUUAUAAAGGAGAAAUGGCCAUGGUGGAACAGCUGUUUGUGAAAUAAAUAAAGCUUAGAAAGAGAGACCAUGGUGUAUCUGAGGGGAAUCAUAAUGGUGUGAUGGGAAAAAAGACAAGCCUACCCUUACAUUGGAGACAAAAACUGUCUUAUAGCGACAUGCUGUGGCCGGAAUACUGAAUACAUAUGCUUGGAAUAUUGUAUAGUAUGCUGUUAACGAAAACUAGCUUUGUAUUGCUUAGUCUUUUCUACCAUUAUGAUUAAACGCAGUUAUAGCUGAUAUCUAAUAUUACUAAACUAUAGUAUUCUUCUCAUUCGUCAUGACAAUUAUGAUAUAUGUAUUAACAAUUCGUUAAAUAAUUAUGAACAAGGAAAGUGCCGUUUAAGGUUGAAAUUAUUUUGUAAUUUUAUUUUAUCAGAGAGAAUUAAUAAAGUAUAUAUCUAUAACAUUAUAGCUUCCAUGUUUUCUGAGUCACUGCUUUUUCAAUUUACAUUUUUGUUUUCUUUUUAUAUUCAGUGGGACAUAGAAAAAUACAACACUUUAGAGCCAGUUGGUAAGGUGCAGAUCUUUUAUUCCUUCCUUUUUACCUCUUUAAUUUCUGUAAUUGGUUAGUUUUAUAUAUUUUUCAUUCAAACAAAAAUGAAUAAACUUGGA